AACCAUGGCAGCAACUUCCUCUUCUUCUCCAAUUUUCUUCCUCACAAUUAUGAUCAUCUUCCUCAUUCAAUCCUCAAAUGCAGCAUACAAUGUGAACGUAAUGAGUUACGGUGCCAAACCAGACGGCAAGACCGACUCAACGCAGCCGUUUCUCAAGGCAUGGUCAUCAGCAUGCAAGUCAACGAAUCCGACGACGAUCUACGUUCCAAAAGGGACUUUUUUGAUAAAGGCAGUGGUGUUUGGGGGUCCAUGCAAGAGUAGAAUAGUGUUCAAAAUUGAUGGAACCCUGGUGGCUCCAUCAAAUUAUUGGAACCUUGGGAAUUCUGGCUACUGGAUAUUGUUCAGUAAAGUGGCCAGAGUUUCAAUCUAUGGUGGGAGCAUUGAUGCAAGAGGGUCUGGCUUUUGGGCAUGUCGCAGAGGUGGAAGAAGUUGCCCUGCUGGUGCUAGGUCGAUAUCAUUUAGCUGGUCAAGAAACAUUAUACUCAAUGGCUUAACGUCGAUCAACAGCCAGACAAUUCACGUUGCACUUCACCAUUGCAACAAUGUCAGGAUUCAAAAUGUGAAAAUUUCAGCUCCAUCCAGCAGCCCAAACACCGAUGGCAUUCACAUACAAUCGUCUACCGAUGUUACGAUCAGCGGUAGCACCAUCAUGACCGGAGACGAUUGUAUAUCACUCAGUCAAGGCUCCAAGAAUGUCUGGAUUGAACAAAUUGGCUGUGGCCCUGGCCAUGGAAUUAGUAUUGGGAGUCUUGGUGACUAUCAGAAUGAAGAAGGUGUUCAAAAUAUUACAGUAACAAGUUCAGUCUUCACCAAAACUCAAAAUGGAGUUAGAAUCAAAUCAUGGGCUAGAGCAAGCAAUGGAUAUGCCAAGAACAUAGUCUUCAGAAAUCUCAUCAUGAAAAAUGUCGGUAAUCCUAUCAUCAUCGAUCAGAACUAUUGCCCUGAUAAAAAAGGAUGUCCUCAUCAGAGUUCUGGGGUGAAGAUUAGUGGAGUGACAUACAGAAACAUAAAGGGAACUUCAGCAACACCAGUAGCCAUGAGUUUCGAUUGCUUAUCCAGCAAUCCUUGCAGUGGAAUCAAAUUACAAGACAUAAAACUUACUUAUAAUGGCAAAUCCUCUUCUUCAUACUGCAAAAAUGCUCAUGGGAGCACUAGUGGAACAGUCAUACCAAGAAGUUGCCUGUAA